AUGUAUUUCCAUAGGAGGCCUAUGCUAUGGUUACAUUUCUAUCGUGCAAUUGUUCAUAGACCACAGAUCGAUUAUAUUACUAUAACAGGGAUCAGUCAAACGUGGGUAAGGCCACAUGGGCCUCAUCCCCCUCAUCUCCCUCGUGAUCCUCUGAAAGCUCGCAUCGGCUACCAAGGAAACAAUCCCGAGGCCUCCUCCUGUACCUCUUUCUGGAGAGCCGAUAUAUUGAAUCCCCAAAUCAAUAAGAUUUCCCGUGCUGAACAAAUCGGCUACGCGGUUCACGCGCACUGCUGGAUACUGGUGGAUCGUAUUAUUGGAUUUGAACUUGUUGAAGAUAAUCUCAAGAUAUUUUUAAAUACCGUCGAAAAAUUUUGGGCUGAAAAUGCUGAGCUUUGGCUCAGGGAGCCUUGGUAUGAACCAGGAAGUCCAGUGAGCAACAAUCUAACGAGUGAUCAAAUGGACGAACCAACGUGGGAAAACCCGACAAUUUUGCCUAGGAUUCAAGAAAUUGUUGAAAAGGCUAUUCGACAACCCUAUGCAGACAGCCAGUCACGGCAGACUCUGUCAUCAGCUGUCUCUCAUAUUCCUCUUGAUAUUGCCAUUCAGCUUGUUGAAUGGGUCAAACCGAUCAGUGUCGCAGAUACACGGAAUAUGCUGACUGCUUUCGGCUGGAGACUGCCUGAUAGUUAUUGGAAGCGCUUCUGUAAGAUGGAUUUGAUCUUUGAAUAUGGUGAUCUUGAGAAAACCAACCUUCCUGUGAACUGGCAACUAAUUGCUCUUGCAACCGAAGAAAUCAUGGAGGAUCCUGAAUGGGAUCGCAAUACUGGACUUGGUACUCGUCGUUUGAUUUUUCGAAACCUUAGUCAGAUGAAAACAAUUUUCCUGGACUUCUUAACACUUAACGAACCGCCUCGAAGAAAAUAUUCUCUAAGGAGAAGACUUCUUUGA